AUGCCAUUAACCCACCCAUUGAUCAAAGACGGCUGGUUCAGAGAGGAAAGCGACGAGUUCUUCCCGGGUCAGGCCAUGCGCCUUAGGGUUGCCGAGAUUCUGCACGCGGAAAAGUCCAAGUUCCAGGACGUGCUGGUGUUCAGGUCCACAGACUUCGGCAACGUGCUCGUCCUGGACGGCAUAAUUCAGGUCACAGAGCGCGACGAGUUUGCGUACCAGGAGAUGAUUACGCACGUGCCGCUGUUUGCGCACCCUAACCCGAAAAAAGUGCUGGUUAUCGGCGGCGGAGACGGAGGAGUCCUCAGAGAGGUGCUCAAGCACGAUUGCGUCGAACGGGCCACUCUGGUCGAGAUCGACGAGUCGGUCAUCAACCUCUCCAAGAAAUACCUGCCGAAUAUGGCCAAAUCGCUGUCGCACGAGAAAGUGCAGGUUGUUCUGGCAGACGGUUUCGAAUACCUGAAAAAUACAGCUGCCCGCGACGAAGUCGACAAAUACGACGUUAUUAUCACCGACUCGUCGGACCCAGACGGCCCAGCCGAGGCGUUCUUCCAGAAACAGUACUUCGAGCUGCUCUACAACGCGCUCAACGCCAACGGAAUGGUCAUCUCGAUGGCAUCCGAGAACAUAUGGCUCAACAUCGACAAGCUCAGGAGUCUCAAGAACAUCUGCAGUCAGGUGUUUGCGGUGACCGAAUGCUGCUAUUGCACUAUCCCUACAUACACCUCCGGACAGAUCGCGCUCAUGUGCUGCUCGAAAAACCCAGACCUCAAAGUGUCCGCGCCGCACAGGGCAGAGUCACGUGACCGCGAAGCGCAGCUGUUCCGGUACUACAACUCGGCGAUCCACAGCGCCAGCUUUGUGCUGCCGAGAUGGGCCGCCGACAAGUUGAACGGUGUCUAG